GGUUCACUCCCCAAAUGGCUGCAACAGCUGGAGCUGCACUGAUCCGAAGCCAGGAACCAGGAGCUUCUUCUGGGUCUCCCACACGGGUGCAGAGGCCCAAGGACUUGGUCCAUCUUCCACUGCUUUCCCAGGCCAUAGCAGAGAGCUGCUUUGAGUAGCUGGGACUCAAACCAGCGCCCAUUUGGGCUGCUGGCACUGCAGGCAGUGGCUUUACCCGUUACGUCACAGUGCUGGCCCCAAGUUACUGAUUUUUUUAAUACCCAACCCAGAGUUGAUUUUUUUUUUUUAAUGUACUAUAGGAGGUUGCCUGUGAAAAAGCUUUGAUAAUAGCAGUUUGCUUUGUAAAAAGUUUCUGAUGAGGAAUAUAAUAUAUUUGGAAUAUUGAUACAGUCUUGCCCAUGUGCCUAGGCAGCCACACCUGUCAGAUCUUUUUUUUUUUUUUUUAAGAUUUAUUUAUUUACUUGAAAGAGUUACACGGGGGAGGGGGGUGUCUUCCAUCUGAUGGAUGGUUCACUCCCCAAUUGGCCGCAAUGACCAGAGCUACACCAUUCCGAAGCUAGGAGCCAGGAGGUUCUUCUGGGUCUCCCACGUGGGUGCAGGGGUCCAAGCACUUGGGCCAUCUUCCACUGCUUUCCCAAGCCGUGGCGGAAAGCUAGAUGGGAAGUGGAGCAGCUAGGUCUUGAACUGGUGCCCAUAUGGGAUGCCGGCACUUCAGGCCAGGGUGUUAACCCGCUGCACCACAGUGCCGGCCCCAGAUCUUUUCAAAUACUAUAUUCUUAAAUCAUUUAAAUAGCCUGGAAAUUUUAAACAUUUUGGCAUUCUAGGUCUUCCACAACUCUUUACCCAUAACAUUGGGUUAAAAUUUUCUUUUUUUGGCAUUGUGUGUGUGAGUUGAGGGUUCAGAGAUCUGGUUGCUGCAGAGACCUGAAAGCCAUGCUCCUCUGGGACCGUGUCAUCUGCCAUUUGCACCUGGGGACACUGGUGUGUUGGUGCUCUUGGCCGCUGGGCCCUUCACAGUCUCCCCCACGGCCCAGUGUUCUGAAGUUCCUUACACUCUGGGAAGUGGGAGCACACUAAGUCAGGGGCUGUCUGCUGCCCGGCACAGGUACCUCCAGGAACUGUUCUCCUGAACACAACUUGAUCAGCAGCACAGCGGCCUGUUCUUGCUGUGGCAUGGGGACAGCUGAUGGGAUUCGGUAAGGAGCCUGGAUCAGCAUGGGACUGAGAAUAGGACUAGGUCGAAUCAGUCUUUGGAACUUGGGCAGCAAAACCCCAAUCAGACUGGCUUUCUUCUAGGAAGUUAGACUGACGCAGGAAGUGGGACCACCAGCCCUGCAUUUAACUCUUGAUUUGUAACAUCUUGUUUUUUCUUUUUCUUUUUUGGUAGUUCAAGUUUAACCAGACCAGCUAGCUAUGAGGGAGGCAUUUGGUCUGCCAUUUCAACAAUUGGUAUCCUGUUAAUUUCUGUACUUACUAAAUAAGAUUUAAAAUCAUUGGUUCUUUCUUUUAAAACCUUAAACAUUAAAAACGAAAACCUUUUGAACAGUGUUGUUUACUUAAAGAUGUCUUUGAUUGCCUAUGUAGAACUAAUGCAAACGUUUGAAACAUGAAUCCCUUGAGAAUUUUCUUUGCUGUCGCUCCCCCAUUCGCGGAGGAAUGACACUAAACCCUGCGCUGUUCUUUCUUCUGCUCGGCCCUUCCCGGGUUUGCUGCUGGUCCUUCCUGGGUUGGCUGCCGACCCCUCCACCUCCGUGGAGGGGCGGCUCCCCCUGCCACUUUCCCCACUUCCGCGGAGGAGCGGCACACACCGCCAGCCGGCUCUCUCGGGGGCUGCUCAGAUGUUAUCUGGAUGUUCCCUGGUGCAUGUUGUCUCUCUCCUCCUUUAUAGUCCUCUUCCUCCAAUCCCAACUCUGCUACCCACACGCCGAGCACGCUGCUCUCCUCCAAUCAGGAGCAGGAUCAGCUCCUGCAGGUUGUCAAACUGAUGAGGCAGCUGCGUAGAGGUUGUUUGGUCUCUUUCUCUCAGCGCCAUAUUGUGGGAGAGCAGAUGCAUAGAAUAAGUCUUAAUUCCAGUAACUUAGUCUAGUCUCAGUUGCUCCCCACACUUUGCCCUUUCAGUAGUCCCAUAGUAUACAGUGAGAUCAAAGUCAUACCUGGUGUGACUUUUUAAAUUAUCUGUUUGGAGCUCCUCAAAUACAGAAAGCAGCCGUGAAACAUUUUUACAUGUUUUGUUGUUAACAUGAAGUUCUACUAAAAGAAGGCAGACUGUAAACACAGACUUAGUCUUUAGUCUUACUGAGCAGGGUACAAGAGAAGAGAGGGGGCCGCAGGCCAUAGAUGGAGUUAAACUUCCUGCCUGUGCACAUUGCUGCAGCAGAACAGGAGAUAGCUUGUGUUUGGUGUGGCCUGAGUUAAAGGUGGCCAUUGCACUUUGCCCUUGACACAGUGCCUGCCCAGAUUUUGUCUCCAGUAAAUGACCCGCCCAUAUCAGGGCUGUGGGACUACCCUGGAAAAGGAGGUGUUCCACUGGACCUGGGGAAGUGGUGUGGGUAAAAGGGUGGUGUGGGUAAAAUCAGGACCUGCUUGCCUUGAGCCUUGGCUCACCCCUCAGUGUCCUAGUGUCCUUGUCUGUUUUCUUUCAGUUUUCUCUUCUUUUAAAUUUUAAUUGACGUUUUUACUUGAAAGUCAGAGAGAGAGAGAGAUUCCACCCACUGAUGAUCCACUUCCCCAGAUGCCCACAACAGCUGGGACUGGCCUGAUCCAAUCCAGGACUACCAUGUGGUUAUCAAGGACCCAACCACUUGAGCUGUUACCAGCUGCCUCCCAGGCUGCGCAUUAGCAGGGAGCUCGAAGCCAGAGAGCACCCAUGAGUGAAACUCAGGCACUCUGAUAUGGGAUGCGGGUAUCCCAAGCCAGUGCCCUGAAAUUUCUCCUGUAAUUUCCAUCUAAAUGUAGCUGUUAGAGAUUAUAAAUGAAUCCUUGGGGGAGAAAGCUGGUUUGCAUUUCCAGUGAUUUUAACUGUAUUUCAGACUUCAGCAUUCUUUUAGUUGGUGUGUUUAGUAAUUUGAGGUAAUAAAUACAUACUUUAUUAUAUUUGUCUCUGUGCAUAAAGAUAAUAUACAGUAAUAAAGCCCAGCACCUAGUGUAAAGUUGGCCUAGAUGGACGUCAGUGCGUCUUUUCUCUUCCCAGAUGGUAAAGCAUGCCUGCUCUUCCAGUAUGGGGCCUUUCUUUCUGUGUGCAGGGGCACCUUCUUUGAUAACUAAAAGAGCUUAGUGGCUGUCAGAGAAUUUAGUAAUCUGUCUGCCCAACAAGCAAAGGCGAUUAUCUUUAACUGUAGACAGGUCACUCAGGGAAAACUGAAAUCUCUGUCAAGGUAAGAUAAAUAUCCUUGUCCUUCACUGUGGCUCCGACACUCCAUUAUUUUGUGUUCUUCACUACUGUCCCAUGAGGCUUUUACAUGAGCUGCUGGUGGAAACUCACACUCACUUCAACUCAGUACACUAUGGUGCUAGUACCCCAGUCAUCCCCAGGUCCAAGCUGGAGUCAGGGGAGGUAGGAGGUUCAGCUCUUGUGUCCUCUAGCUAGGUAUUGCGUUCUUGCAGCUCGUUUCACGUGAACACUGAGGGGGACUUGCAGGUCCUACCGGAAUUUAACAGGAUUUGUGUGCUCUGAACGUGUUGCUAGCUUGAUCGGUCCAGCCCUGGCUGUUGGUGGCCAUCUGGGGAGUGAACCAAUGUAUGGAAGAUAUUCAUAUUCUCUCUCUGACUUUCAAAUAAAUGAAAAAAAUCUUAAAAAAAAAAAAAGUGGACACACACACACACCCCACCCUAAUAUAGAAGAUGAUCCAGAGUCCGAUUCCUGAAAAUGAUUUUGCCACAUGCAUUUUAUUUACAAGUGACUUUAAAAAGAACAUAUAUAAAGUAAGACAUGCCUUACUUACCUUGUUAUGAUAACAGUGAACUCCGCCUGCUGGAUUGAAGUUGCAAGGCCUCUGAUGAGUUUCUGUGUAAUGAUAUCUUUGCUGGGUGGAACGCUGGGUUGCUCAGAGUCUGACACAGGUGCCACGGAUUGUCGAGUGAAUGGCUGCUUCAUCGUGGCAGUGGUAAUUCCCUGCUAAUAGACCUGGACUCAUCCAUACCUUUGAAAGCAGCAGGGAAAUUUUAGCUCAGUUUCCUCCCAAAGGAGUGCCAGUACUUCCUGGAAGAGAGUGCAGAGGGCCUCAUGGAAGAUUCAGAGGGAAGAAGACUUUUUCUAAGGAGCAGAUGACCUGCAAAAGUGAUGUCUGCAGACAAGGGCUACAAACAGCUUUGGUUCUCCAGACAGAGCAGCUUUCGUGGGGUGCUGGGAGGGGAGCCGCUGUAUUCCCCGAUGGAUGAAAGGAAUGUGUGCCGAAGCUCAGUCCACUCUGGAGAAGAAGCCUGGAGGAAAAGGGAAGUGGAAGAGAGGUGGAGGCCAGAGGGUACAGAGACAAGCAUUGAGGGGUGGGUUUGUGUGGGGUUCAUUUUGUCUUAAGAAGAGGGGAAGAAUGCUUGCAGGCCAGAAAGAGCAGAGAGAGCAGGAGGUUUUAUAAAGUCAUGAACAUGCUUUUCUGAAACGUUUAGAUUUGUCAAGGAGGAGGCCUGGAGGAGGUUCAGUGACAGGUAAUUAGGGAGCCAGUCUUAUGACAUAUACAUAGGAGUUUUCCAUUUACAUUUUUACAGCCCAUGGUAAAACAAAAAUGAAUUCGCUGAACAAAUUCAUUGAGACUUGAGUCUGCCAACACUAGGAACAGAGCAGUGGUGAAAGACAAAGCUCCCUGCUCCCGUGGAGACCGCGUUCAUAUAAGUGGUUACAAGUGUGCUUUGAACGCACUUUCAUGGUUUCUGCUUGCAUGGAGUUUUCACGUUUUGUGGACUUGUUUUAGGGGUAUCUGAACACUUCCUGUAAGUGUGCAGAGGAUUGCAUUGUCUGCAGCCCUCUGGGUGGCUUUUUGCGUCUCUGCCUUCUUCCUAGCUGUGGCUUUUAGUCAUCUCAUAGAAAUACCGUCCCUGUCCGUGUGUUACCUGGUCAGUGUGUGUAUCUGAGUGGUAGCCAGACAGAUGUUGGAGUAAAAAGGCAUAAGGAUGGCAUCUCCUGGGAAGUGAUCCAGGAAUACUUUUGUGGUGAUUAUAAACUAUCAAAGUUGGCCAGAGCCGCGGCUCACUAGGCUAAUCCUCCGCCUGUGGCGCCGGCACCCCGGGUUCUAGUCCCAGUUGGGGUGCCGGAUUCUGUCCCAGUUGCCCCUCUUCCAGGCCAGCUCUCUGCUGUGGCCCGGGAGUGCAGUAGAGGAUGGCCCAAGUGCUUGGGCCCUGCACCCGCAUGGGAGACCAGGAGGAAGCACCUGGCUCCUGGCUUCGGAUCGGCGCAGUGUACCAGCCGUAGUGGUCAUUUGGGGGAUGAACCAACGGAAGGAAGACUUUGUCUCUCUCUCUCUCUCUCAUUGUCUAUAACUCUGUCUGUCUUUCUCUCUCUCACUGUCUAACUCUGCCUGGCAAAAAAUAAAUAAAUAAACUAUCAAAAUCUUAAAAUAGUUUUUAGAAAAAUGAUUUAGGGCCUAUUCAGAAAUACCUUUAUAGAUAUCACCUGUUCCUCCUGUAUACCGAUAGUAUACCUCCUGUGUACCUCCUGUAUAAUGGGCUAGAUAGUGAUAAGAGUUAGGGCUGAGACUUUGACACUUGCUCAGAGGGUCUUAUCUCUGUAGCCAAUAGGGAAUGACUGGUUAUGUAUUAAUGACUAAUGUGACAUUCCCUACACAGGUCUUUUGAAGUUUUGUCAGUUCACUGCCUGUGAAUAUGUGUCAUCAUGGCAGAGUUGUUGAGAAUAACUGUUUCAGGUUGUUGUUGACCAUUUGGCAAACUUGUGUUGGAGGACUGGAGUGGGAAAGGGACCCACAAGGGCCCUACACACUCUGCCAUCCUAAAAAUGUUUACUUAGAACAGUCUACAAAAUUAAUUGAAGUCUUGUGGUUUACCUUAAUUCAUUUGGAUUUUGUGUUUUGGACAUAAUUGUAUUUUUAACCUAAACUAUAUGCCCUUCUCACAAAUCUCAGGAUAAAAUCAAUACUCUACAAAUAGAAGCUCUAGUUUUCAUGUUUAUGCUGAGGGUUCAAAUACAUCUGCCAGUGGUAGCCACCUUUCCUGCAGCCCCGAGAAUCCAGGUUUGCAGAAUCUGGAUUCACGGUGCCAGCACUGCUCCCUCCUGGACCAGUUCCCGUUCUUCCUCUCAGGUGGCUUCCCUGGUAGGAGGCAGUCUCAUGGCUCCUGCCUCUUCUCCCUUUCCAGCCAUAAUAUCUGCGGGUUUUCUUCAAGGCUUUAUAUUCCCAUGUACCACUGAGAAAUCAACAACCAUUAACAAAAAUUAUAUACAUGGGUAAGUUUCAAAAGUCUCAAAGUUAUGAGAAAGGUUUUUUUUUUUUUUUGGAUGAAAUAUAAAUGAAUUUAGAUCCAUGAUUCUUAGCUUUUUUUACUCUCCAACUCAAGUUCAUACUGGGGAUGAAAUCUUAUUUUUCCCAAGACUAAUGUUCUAGCUCUUCUCUCUUUCUGUAGUGUCCCCUGGGACCAGUGGCAGAACUGUAGCUUACACAGAGGCCUUAGUGAAGUCUAUUGACAUCUUUUUUCUUUUUUAAGAUUUAUUUAUUUAUUUGAAGGACAGAAUUAGACAGGCAGAUCUUUGAUCUGCUGAUUCACUCAAAUGACCUCAAUGGCCGGGGUUGGGCCAAGCCAGAGCCAGGAGCUUCAUCGGCGUCUCCCACAGGAGUGCAGAGGCCCAAGCCCUUGGGCCAUCCUCUGCUGCUUUCCCAGGCUCAUUAGCAGGGAGCUGGAUCGGGAGUCGAGCGGCAGGGGCUCCCAUAUGGGAUUCCAGAACUGUGGCAUAGCGGCUUCAGGCCCCAUGCAUUUACAUCUUAGCACUCUCAUAUCCAGAAAGCUUUGCUUCCUUAUAGCCUGCCAUGUAGAAAUACCAGACAUAGGAGGGUCAGGGCUGCUGUGUUGAAAAAUGAGCAAGUCCAAGAGGUUAAGUAGAGCAGGGAGGAAGAGUCAUGUGUUCAUUCAUUCAGCACCUAUGUAUUGACCACCUCCCUGGGCCGGGUGGUCUGCCAAGGCAGAGGACAUGAAGUUGAGACCCAUUUCUGUCCUCCAGGAUCUCAAGUCCAGUGCUAGUGACAGGUAAGUAAGAGGCCUUUAUAACGGGGUGCUAUUUGCUGAGUGAGAAUACGGAAGAGCCCUGCACACUGUGGGUUAAGUGCUGUGGACCGUCGGGGAGACCGAAGGCAGCAUCUGGGACCGCUUCUCCAAGGAAGGGAAUGAGCUGGAGCUUGAGUAUUGAGAUAGAACCUGCAGGGUAUUGAGACCAGGGGAUGUGGCUAAGGAAAGCCAGACAAAUUUGUGUUUCUGUUUAUUGAUACUUUUUUUCUUCUGUUUGCUGGAUGAAUUCAUAUUUUAUUAACUGUCUGCUUUUUUUCUUUUAAAGAAUUUUUAUGUGAUUUAUUUGAAAGAGAGAAAUCACUCAUUCUCUGGUUUACUCCCUAAAUGUCCACAAAACCAGGCCUGGGCUAGGCUGAACCAGGAGCCAGGAACUCAGUCUUGGUCUCCCGCAUGGGGAGCAGGGACCAAAAUCAGUGUGUCAGGACCUGCGGCCUCCCAGGGUGUGCAUUAGCAGGAAGCUGGAAUGGAGAACAGAGUCAGGACUUAAACCUAGGCAUUCCAGUAAGGAAUGCGAGUGUCCCGAGUGGUUGCUUAACCGCUGUACCAAAUGCCUGCUGCUGUCAGCCUUUUUCUUCGAUUUUUUUUAGUUUAAAAGUUUUGAGGUUGCUAACUUUGGCAUAAUAUGAGCCAGAAUGAUAGUGAAUUGAGUCAAAAUUAUUCUAGGUAAAAAGAAUGUUCUAUAUAUGCUUAUGAAAAAGUCUAUUGUCAUAGUUUAAAAUGGGAGUAAUAUAAUUUCUAUAUUACUAGUUCUUUGUUCCAUUUCCAUUCAGAUUGUUCUUUUAUAUUUGAAAUCAUUAAAAUUAGAAAAUGAUUAUGGUGAGUGUCUUUUGAAGCAUCGAGCAAGCUAAGUAAUAAGUCAAAACCUGCCAGUGUAAAGUAAAUGCAAUUAUUUUGUUCUGCUAAAUUGUAGCUUUGCUACAGUGAAAAGAAUUGACAAUUUAUGAACUUGUCCAGGAUCCCAUUAAAAUGAGGAAGACAUUAUUUACCAAGACAGUAAUGAUUCAGACUGCAUUUAGGACAGGAUGUUGGGGUUAAUUUGCCUUCUUUUUCAAGCAAUUAGUAGGCAGAUGACAUCUUUGCUAUUGAUAAUUGCCUGGGACAUUUUUCAGUGAAAGAGUGCCACCUACUGAACAAAGAUUUUUCUUUUCCCCUCCUGUUGAGUUUGACUUUGAAUUCUUAGUUUUUCUGACUGUCUGCUACAGUUGGCUCCAGUAGGUAGUUUAUGCCUGACAAUGUUCCCAUCUUAUGAUGGAUUAACCAGGGUCUCUGGGAUUCUUAGAGGGAGCUGAUACCUCCAAAACCAGGUGUAAAAACAAAAUCUAAACAUAAGCAUGACUCACCUGUUUACAAGUCUCAUUGCAGAGUACUUACUGGCUCAGAAGUCUGUGUGUGUGUUUGGUCUUAAGCUGUGUACAUGAACUCUCAGUAGGAAUAGGAGAGCAGAUGCCUGGGCAGAAAUGAACUAGUCUAAGGAAUCAUUGAGAGGAGUGGAAGAGCGCAUAAUAUUGGCCUACUGGUUCUCCUGGGGAUAAUGCUAGUGGAGAGCUUGUUUGAUUACAGCUUGGCCAUUGGUCACUGAGAGGAAUCCUGAGGUCAGGUUAAAAUUCCGAAGACCUACUUCAGAGUAACUCCACUGGCGCUUUUUCAGUAUAUCUUAGCGAUAAUGUAUUGUUUCAUUGGCAAGAGGUUGAGAACAUCAACACUAGCAAACAUUCCGAACUAAGAAUAUUGUUUCAGAAUUUUAUAUGGCCAUUAUUUUUAGUAUAUUGGCAUACUUUUUGGUGUUAGCAGAAUUUACAUGAGGCAUCGAUCAUCUCCAGCUUUUCUCUCUUAUUGGACUAUGCAAGUAGAAAGUCAUGUUUUAAAUUUAAUUUUAUUUUGAAAAGAGAGAGAGAUGACCCAUCCACAGAUUCACUUCCCAAAUGCCCAUAGCAGCCAGGGGUGGGCCAGGCUGAAGCAAGGGACCAGAAAUUGAAUCCAGGUCUCCCAUGUGGUGACAGGGACCCAAAUUCAUGAGCCAUCAGCUGCUGCCUACCAGAGUACACAUUAUCAGCAAGACACUUUGAUGUGGAAUGUGGGCAGCCCAAGAGGUGUCCUAACCACUGUAUUAAACACCUACCUCCAGGGAGAUAGACUGUAUGCUGAAUUGAUUUAUGCUUGCUGAUAUAGAUACAUAGAUAGAUUAAUCCCAUAUGGAAUAAUCUAUAUCAAGAUUCUGAGGUGAGAAAUAAAAAUCUAUAAGGUAAGAUGUUAGAAUUCAUUCCACAUGUCCUUUUCUGUAGUGGGUAUUGUGGCACAGUGAGUUAGGCCACCAGCUGGGACGCCUGCAUCCCAUAUCAGAACACCAGUUCAAGUCCUGGCUGUUUUCCCAUCUAGCUCCCUACUAAUGCUCCUGGGAGGCAGCAGAUCAUGGCCUAACUACGUGGGUCCCUGCCCCCCACUUAGGACACCCAAAUGGAGUCUCAUGGGUUCUGGGUUCUGAGUUCUGGCUUCAGCGUGAUCCAGGGAAAAGAAAUGGACAGUUUAUGAACAUUUGAAAGCAUUGGGAGCUACUGGGUGAUGGGAAUGGCAAAGAAUACUCUGUACAAAUAAAGCACUGGGAGGUGCUCUCCAGAUUGCACAGCUGAAGGGUGUCUGUGGGCCCAGUCCUGAUCCUGCAUCUCCCUGGCGGGAAGAUUGCAUUUAUACCUAGACAGCAGCGCUAGUAAAGGAAUCGUGAUGUUCACACCAGCCAGCCCUAAACUGUCAUCUUGGAUCUUGAUCCGGUUUUAUAGGUUUUUUUGGUCCCCAAAGCUUUGUGAAUUACUUAAGGUCACGUUGCAGGUUAAUGGCACAGUCAGGAUUUGACCUGGAGUUUCCAGACCCCAAACCUGACUAUUUUUCUUUAGUUCCAUGAAACUCCUACAACAUAGAGUAGUAUUCAGUGGCAUGACUUUAUUUUUAAGGAAAUAUUUCAAGCAUACAGAAAAAUACAAAAGGAUUAUACUAGAGAACAGAGUAAUGAACAGAUGUAGAACCUUUAUCUGUAUGUAAUAAAUGCUUUUGUUUUAUCAUACUUGCUGUAGUUGGGCUGUGUGCAUAUGUUUAAAAGAAAUUAACACUAAAAAACAAUUGAAGCCUCCUGUGUCCUCUGUCCUCCCUUCCCACCCUCUGUAGUCAACAUUGUUACCCUCUGAAACCGCAAGAAAUGGUUGUAUUUGCUGCUGCCAUGUGUUUUUCAGAUAACAUCACUAAAAGAAAUUAUGAAGCAUUAGGGUGGGGAGAGGAAGGGCAAGGGUUUUGAAGCCAGAAAGACCUAGUUUACAAAUCCAGAAAUCCCAUUUACUGUGGGUAAUCAAGCCGCUUAAGCCUUCUGUGAGCAUUUCUCAGAGCCUGAUCACACUAAAGGCACGCUGAACUUUGUGGUAGCUGAAGAAGUCUUGUAUUGAGAUGCUGAGACUGCUGGUGGUGUUUUCUUCUCUGGAUUUUUCUUAGUUGUAUCGACUCACUGGAGUCCGUUUGUAGAAAUGAUCAGCAGGAUUUCUUCAGUGUGUUCCAAGGAGCACAGCGUCCUCCAGGGUGUUCUGCUACAAGGCAGGGGACUUGCAUGCCAACAGUGUGGAGAAUCAAAACGCCCUUCAGUCUUACAGAGUCUCUGAGGUUUCCUAGGAUAGGUAAACCUGACUACAUUGUCUCUAGUGUUUCCUAAUCUGCAGAAUCUUAAGAAGGUUAGUGUGAAAGGGCAGUUUUUUGGCCAAAGCUACCAUGCUAAGCAGAGAUGACCUUGUGUUUUGUUGCUUCUGCUGUGGUGUCCGCUCUGCAGGGAUCAGAACCUUCUGUCUCUUUAUUCUCCCUUGCCUUGCCCAGUGUUUGUACAUGCUAGCCGUGCCCACGUUCAUUGAAUCGAGUGGUUUGCUAGCGUCAGAAGCGGAGAGAUGAAAAGCUGCAGUUGUCAGAAGGACGUUCUUCCUCAUGCUUUUCACCAGCAAGAAGCAAGCAGUAAUAAUUCCAGUUGUUCCAUGGGGUGGACGGAAACCAUUCCCCUAGCAGAGACUUUGUAUUCUUACUCAGCACUGUCACCACUGCCCCAUUUCAGAACAGUACAAACAAUUUAAGGGUUUUAUUAAUAUAAAGGUACUCAGAAUGUUAAAAAUUUAACUUCUUUAAAGAUUUAACUACUACUCUUAAAAUGAGAACACACACACCCUGGGUACUGGUCUUGUUCUUUUGACCCGACUUCAAUUCUGAGCCUGGACUACCACAUUUCUUGAAAGAUCAUUGAUAGAGUUGAAUGUCACACACCUGUUCGGAGAAAGUACCAAAAAAAAAAAAAAAAAAACAUAGUCCAGGGCCUCUGUGUAAGUAACUUGGAUCUUUUUGAUGAAAACUGAAUUGUGAAGGGACAGCCCUGGUUUUGCAGAUGGCUGCACUGUGCUGCACACUCCUGUUCCAGGGUCCUUCCGGGACGGCACAGCACAUGGCCUUGCUGAGAACGGCCCCACAGUGGUGAGGUAGGAAGUGCCAGUGUGCUUCAGUAGAGUAGUGUGGUCUCAGUAGGUUUAUGCAUCACUGUCUUGUAAACACUUCCUAGGUUUGUCUAGGGCACAGAAGGGGAAUUCUUGAAAGGAAAUACACAUUAGACAAAUAUUGUUUUAGAAAAAAAGAUCAUCUUUUUUGCUUGCUGAUCUGUGUUCAACAUUUAAGGAAGAGGAUGCUCACAGCAUCCCACUUUUCCUCCAAAGGGUUCUUUUAAAGGAUUUUUGUCAAGUGUCAAGGACACAACAAAGGAAGGAAUAAACAGUGGAAUUUUUAGCACUGAAUAUAAAAAAAUACAAGCUUUACAGGUUUUUGUUGGAAAGGGACAAAUGGAAAAUGGUCCCAAAUUGAUCUUAAACUCCAUCUGGAACCACUGGCUCUCAGAAAAUAGUUGACGUUACCGGUUGGAUUUUCUAAGUGGUGGAGUGGAAGAGACCAGUGUGACUGCUUCCCUUGGACACAAGGCUGUGGAAGAGUAUUACUGAGGCGCUGUUACAGAAGCGACUACUUUGAUGAGUGAGAUACAGGUAGUUUUGGAAACUAUUUAGUAACUUUCAGAGAGAGCCAGCAACUUUACAGUUCCUUUAUUUUGCCUGUCCUUUCUUUUGCAGCACUGUUUUUCUGUUAAGGUCUUCAUGUAUUUUGUGAGAUGAUUCUUAGAAAAUCUACCAGACUCAUAAUUUUGUCCAGUUCUGAUCAUUUUUUACAGUUUCCACUUACCUACCUGAAUAUCACCAACAAAUUUAGUAAUGAGUGCUUUUCAUGAAACUUGAGUCUUGGGUCACUGUCACGCUAACCCACGCUGGCCUCACUUGACCCCGAGCACAGACAAGGGCUGCUAACUCGGAAACCUGCCUGCCCUCGAUGGCCCUCAGCUUCUGCUGCUGCUCCUCAGCUGCUUUUGAAAGAGAGUUUAUCUGACCUCAGCUCGCUGGUGUUCCAGGGUUCUCAUUUCCUUACCAGUCUAACUCCAUGACUUAUUUGAUUCUCUUAUCUUUAGGAUUUUCUUGAAUUCUUAUAAAUUUAAAGAGUAUUGCAUAGUCUUGGGUCUGCCCAACUCACUUCCGCCCCACCCCCAGGUCUGGCACAUGUUGCGUUGCCUGGGUCCUCUUCUCUUCUUCAAGUUGAAGCUUCUGUUACAGUUUGACAUUUUUCUCAGCCAGCCAGCACAUAUUGCUUCCAUGGCUUGACAAAGUGCACAUAGUUGGUAUCAUUCUUAAAUAAAUUUGUUGAGUUUCAUGCUUAUGUUUUAGCACAUUUGGAAGGAAGAAUUAUUCUUUCUCCAGAUUUGAGUGGAACAUAGCAUUUCCAUUAUUGAGUGAUGUCAUUAGUACUUGAAUGUGAUGGUCUUGAUGGAGUAUGCCAGCCAGACACAGGUGUACCAAGGAAGCACACUAACCAAGCUUGGACAUUCCUCUGGGUCUAGGCAGGUAUAAUGAGUGAUUUAGAAAAUCUUUUUGCACUGUAUCUUUUUCUUGUUUUAUCUGAGUUUGAGCCAUAUGGACUAACGGCCCCUUUGUUUGAUACUUAAACCUGUCCAUCUGAAAGGCUAGCCUUGGUGUAUUAUUUUAAAUGUGUCAAUAACUUUAUAAGCUGUUGAAGUAACAUCCAAAAUGUUUGUAUGUUCAUUCUAGUAUACUGACUUAUCCUCAAGGCAAUUUUAAUCCAAUUCCUGUUUCAGUAUUCCUUGUGAAUAUCUACGAUCAGCAAAGAUGCCUUUGAAUCAUAAAAUUCUUCAGUAGAGUUCAACAAAAAUUCAUAAAAGGAGACAAACUUAGAAUCUUUUUCUUCAUUUAAUGUAUCCUCUACCUCAUAACACAGGCUGAGUAUUCCUGAUCCCAUAUCAGAAGUGCUUUGGACUUCAUUUUUUUGUUCAGAUUUUGGAAUAUUUGCAUAUACAUAAUGAGACACCACAGAGAUGGGAUCCAAGUUUAAAUACAAAAUUAAUUUAUGUUUCACAUCCACCUUACACCUGUAGUCUGAUGGUCAGUUUACACAGUAUUGUUAGUGUGCCUGCAUUUUCACUGUGAUCAAUCAUCCAAGGUCAGGUGUGGCAUUUUCUGCUGUGGUAUCAUGUUGGCAUGCAAGAAAUUUGUAGGGGUUUUAAAGUGCCUCAGGCUUCAGACUUUCAGAUUACAGCUGCUCAAUCUAUAGGACCCUACUCUGCAGUUGUAUUUUAUGCGCACAUUAUUUGAUAGUUUUAAUUGGCCUGAAAUUUGUAGCACAGAGUUUGAAUUCCCAGUGAUAGUUUCCUCAGCCAUCUCUUAGUUUAUUCAUUGUUCUGUAGAAGUACUAGUUGCUUUAGAACAUGCAGUAUAGGAGAACCAUACAGUUUUCUUUCUGUUUCAACUUGUCUUCUCAAAAGGGAGCCUGGGACAUGUAGUUUGCCCCAUAAUCUAGAUCAAAGAUAAUUGAAUAAAAAAAGAUCUAAACUUGCCUACCUUGAAGAAUGAUUUGAUACUGACUGGUAACAAUCUGCGCCAUUUGUAAAUCCCCUAUUCUUAAUUGGCAUAGUUGUUAAAAGAAUCUUUUAAAAGAUUUAUUUAUUUACUUGAAAGAGUUUUGGGGGUGCCGUGGGGGUAGCGAUCUUCCAUCCUCUGGUUCACUCCCCAGAUGGCCACAAUAGCCAGGGCUGGGCCAGGCUGAAACCAGGAGCUUCUUCUGGGUCUCCCAUGUGGGUGCAGGGGUCCAAGAACUUGGGUCAUCUAAUGCUACUUUCCCGGGCACAUUAGCGAGCACCUGGAUUGGAAGCAGAACAUCUGGAACACAAACCAGUGCCCAUAUGGAAUGCUGAUGUCUCAGGCUGCUUUACUUGCUAGACCACAGCACCGGCUCCUAAAACAGUCUUACAAAUUACUAAUUUAGAAAUAGGGAAACCUUUCGUAUCUCCUUCCUGUUCUCUUUGAGAUUGUUUACACGUCCCCGAAGGCACUAAUUUGUGGUGGGGGUUGCAGGCUGUUAAAGGCCGUGUGUUGCCAUCACGUGUAAAAUCCCAGCAUCUUAUGGUGUCAUUUUCUAGGUCUGUGUCAAGUACAAAUGACAGCAGCUGCUGGCACCUGCAGUUGUGUGUGCUGGGCUGGGAGCUGCAGGACCGGAAAGGAAAGGACAUACACUGAGGGAACCAACCCUUUCCUUGUCUAGGUCAGCUGGGUGGAGGUAUUUGCAAUAUGAGUGUCCCUUGUUUGGAUUUGGUUUUGGUUAGUUCAAUGCAUAGUCUAUAUGUUUCUGUAUCAUGUUGUUUUUCAAAUACAACUUUUCAAAUUCUUGUAGUUCUUGCUAGUGAAUAUUUCUAAUUUAAAACUUGAAUGGUAUUUUAAUAGAAACUAAUCCACAAUUCCAGAUAAAAGGAUUUAUAGGAUGUGUGUGGUUAUUUAGAAUAUUCUAUAAACGUGAAUCAAUCAGAAUCACUGAGGUGUUUUUAAACUGCUGGUGUUCAUGGUUUAUAAUCAGUCACAUUACUUUGUUAUUUGGCUUCCAUAUUAUUUAACUGUUGAUGUAAUCAGAGCACGAGUUUUUUCAAAAGGUAAAUUCUGUACCUGUAUCUGUCAAGGAACCAAAUAGAGAGGUUUGCACACAAUACUGGAAAUAACACACACACGUACACACCCAUAAAAUGAUUUCUGAUAGAGUUUAGCAUAUUAUAAAACUGAAUGAUAGUAUGGCCAUACUCAGACUAAGAAAUCAGUUGUUACAUUCAAGAGAGGGUGGUUAUAUGGGGAAAAGGUAGUACUUGCUUUUCCUUUUCACUGUAAAUUCAUAACACAUAUGCUGCAUGGAGUUUUCAGAAUCAAACAUUGCCGAGUAUAGCCUGGAAUGAAAUCUUCUUGGAAUUGAUUUUCAUAAUGUGAGCCAUUUGUAUACACGGUUACUUCUUUUGUAACCUUGGUUGUGUUGUAAAAACUGCAUUGUCUAAAGAUGGAAGGUUAUUUAAUCUUUCUUGCCAGAAGAUAGGGUAUCUUCAGAAAAACUGUUUUCUGGGAAACAGAAUUGUACCAGUAUUGGGAUACAGAUAUUUCAGUUUUGUGUUUGCUUGCAUAUACAUCAGAUACAGGGCAACAAAUUUUAAUUUUAAGCACUUAAAAUGUUCAUUUUCCUAUUCCCCUAUAGGAGUCACUUGUAUCUGAGUUUAACUUCUGCAUUUUUUUAAUAUUCAGACUGUAUCCCCUUGAACUUGUAAUUUAACCUCUCCCUUGUCCUUUUUCUCAUCUAUAAGAUGGGAUAGUAACAGUCUUACCCCAUGAGAAAUGGCUGAGCUAAUCCCUGUGGAGCUGCUAGUGCACUGCCCCUUGGGUGGGAAGGAAGCAUUAGCCUCUCUGCUUCAUCCCUUUGACUCUAUCCUCACCCAAGGCAUUCCUUCUCUUGUCCUUUCCCGGAAACUCACAUUUUGAGGAUCUCGCGCUGGACUUGCUCUCAUCUCUCGCAAAGCAUGUGAGUUUGAAGGGCUCUGCAGCCCCACCAGUGUGAGUACUUCGCAGUGGACUGCAGUUGGGUGAAUUCCGCCUGUCCCAGGCCAUGCAGUGUGUUUUCCAGGGUUCUUCAAGAUUCCUUAGACACCAAUAGUUCCAGAUUUGCUCUAUGUAGUGUUAUUUAGAGUAACCUAACCGUUACAGAGGUCUUUAUUUAUGCUAAGGUUAAGUCCCAUUGUUUCCAGGAAGGUUUUGUAUGACCUUUAUAGUGUUAGUUCCUUCUGUUACUAUGAACUACACUACUAAGGAGCAGAAUUACUGUGCUUCCUAAGUCUCACUGUGAACCUCCAUGAAGCUGGUUUGUAUCGGCAGCGUAGCUACCUGAGUGCUAACCGGUGAAUCUGAUUCAGGUUGUUGCGGCGCUGCUUUAGGGUCAGUCCUGCUGGGACAGGGGCUGGGGCUGGGUCCUGCUCCUCGCUUACCAACUGUGUGGCCCUCAUUGGGACCCAGUCCCUCUAAGCCUCAGAUGGCAGCCACCUUGCAGGGUUGCUGGGAGGCUGAAGUAAGUUAAUACACAUGUAGCGCCUAGCACCCUGUUGAGCAUGUGAUGUUAACUUGUGCUGUUACGACACAGCCUGGAAGUUAUGGCUCCAUAGCACUGCUUGUUGAUUAGCAUAUUGCUCCAUUGUAAUGGUGAACCCUGCCACAGGUAACUGAAGAAAUCAUAGUGGACUUGGGAGGCACUAUUUUUGCUAUUUACCGAGUGUCCCCUGAGUGCCAGGCACUGAGCAGGACCAGUGUUUCAAUUGGGCUCCUCAGGCUUUCAGAGAACAGAGACGUGUUUAUUUCUUUGCAAAGUAAAGAAUCCAUGAAGAAGUUUUUUAUUUUCUAUUUUUUAAAAGAUUUAUUUAUUUAUUUAUUUGAAAGUCAGAGUUACACAGAGAGAGGAGAGGCAGAGAGAGAGAAAGAAAGAGGGGUCCUCCAUCUGAUGGUUCACUCCCCAAUUGGCCACAACGGCCAGAGCUGCGCUGAUCCGAAGCCAGGAGCCAGGAGCUUCUUCCGGGUCUCCCAUGCGGGUGCAGGGGCUCAAGGACUUGGGCCAUCCUCCACUGCUUUCCCAGCCCAUAGCAGAGAGCUGGAUUGGAAGUGGAGCAGCCAGUACUCGAACCAGCACCCAUAUGGGAAUGUGGUGCCCCAGGCCAGGGUGUUAACCCGCUGUGCCAGUUCACUGCAGCACACAGGCAACCCCUGGAGAACUAGUUACUCAUCACCCAGAGCAGUAUAGAAGUUACCAGACAGUAUCUCACAGCACAUGGAGGGGCCCAGGUAUCGCUCUCAUGUUUACUUUUAUUGGUUAUUCCCUCUGUAAGUUCAUCUAUUUCUGAUUAAUUUCUUUUCUCCCUUACUUCUGUCUCACUGCUUCUGCUUUUUGCCUUGUUAUCUCUCUGUUUACAUGCCUUGCUUGCUGCAGUGAUAGGAUGCAUGUAUCUUGCAGUCAGACUCCCAGAGAGAGAAAAUCUGAUUCAGAUGUCUGGUACCAGUAUAGUCUUUGGACCAACCUCAUGUGGACAGCAGGGUGGGUUCAAUGUAGAAACCGUGGCACCCUCAGCAUCACAGCCCACCUUCAGACGGGAGGGCUGUGGCUGGGUGGGCCUUCAUGCAUCCUGACCAGAACACUGGGUUAGGUGCCUUUUGUGGCCUGUCCAGGACCAUUUGGCAUUAAUGGUAGAAAAGUGAAUAAAAUAUACCUGUACUGGAAGAGCUCAUGACGUGAUGAAACAGAAACAUGCUUAAGCUUUUUUUUUUUCUUUUGCCAUAUGACAGUUAAUACUUAGCAUGCCAGGAAGGUUUAGCUAACUGCCAUAGAAUGGUGAUAGGGAUUCUUUAUUGACAGCAUGAUGAUGACAAAGGGUAUUUCUAGUGAAGAAAAUAAAUCUGCACAGUGUCAAAUAUCUUGGUGUGCUUAGUAUUUGCUGUGGGAAGAGGGCAGGAGUUAGCUUUUAAGGGGCUUCAGGAAUAGGGUCUAGGUUAUGGUACUGUGACCUUUUUAGGAAGAUGAUCAUACCCAGAACUAAAAGGAAGCAAACUCGUAGAAGAAUCAGCAGUGACUCGACCAGGUCAGAUGAAGGGAAGACCAUGUGGCUUCCCUGAGAAGGGCCAUUGCGGCAUCUCAGGUUUUCACAGUCGCGAGAUGGAGAAUAAAGAAACUCUCAAAGGGCUACACAAGAUGGAUGAUCGCCCAGAAGAGCGGAUGAUCAGGGAGAAACUGAAGGCAACAUGCAUGCCGGCCUGGAAGCACGAGUGGCUGGAAAGGAGAAAUAGGAGAGGCCCUGUGGUGGUAAAACCAAUCCCUAUUAAAGGAGAUGGAUCCGAAAUGAGUAACUUGGCCGCUGAAUGUCAAGGAGAGGGCCAGGUGGGCGCUGCGUCUCCAGCCCCCAAAGGCCGGCGCAGCCCGUCUCCCAGCAGCUCCCCUUCAGGUCGCAUAGUGAAAUCCGAAUCGCCAGGAGUAAGGAGAAAAAGAGUUUCUCCGGUGCCUUUUCAGAGUGGCCGGAUCACACCACCCCGGAGAGCGCCCUCACCAGAUGGCUUCUCACCAUACAGCCCCGAGGAAACAAACCGCCGUGUGAACAAGGUGAUGCGGGCCAGGCUGUACUUGCUGCAGCAAAUAGGACCCAACUCUUUCCUGAUUGGAGGGGACAGCCCGGACAAUAAAUACCGCGUGUUUAUAGGGCCACAGAACUGCAGCUGUGGGCGUGGAACAUUUUGUAUCCAUCUGUUGUUUGUUAUGCUCCGGGUGUUUCAACUAGAACCUUCAGACCCAAUGCUGUGGAGAAAAACCUUAAAGAAUUUUGAGGUUGAGAGUUUGUUCCAGAAAUAUCACAGUAGGCGUAGCUCAAGGAUCAAAGCUCCAUCUCGUAACACCAUCCAGAAGUUUGUUUCACGCAUGUCAAAUUCUCAUACAUUGUCAUCAUCUAGUACUUCUACAUCUAGUUCAGAAAACAGCAUAAAAGAUGAAGAGGAGCAAAUGUGUCCUAUCUGCUUGUUGGGCAUGCUGGACGAGGAGAGCCUGACAGUGUGUGAGGAUGGCUGCAGGAACAAGCUGCACCACCACUGCAUGUCCAUAUGGGCAGAAGAAUGUAGAAGAAAUAGAGAACCUUUAAUAUGUCCCCUUUGUAGAUCUAAGUGGCGGUCCCAUGAUUUUUAUAGCCACGAGUUGUCGAGCCCUGUGGAUUCCCCCUCUUCCCUUCGAACUGCACAGCAACAAACCCUACAGCAGCCACCUUUGGCUGGAUCACAAAGAAGGACUCAAGAGAGCAACUUCAACCUUACUCACUAUGGAACUCAGCAGAUCCCACCUGCUUACAAAGAUCUGGCUGAGCCAUGGAUUCAGGUGUUUGGAAUGGAACUCGUUGGCUGCUUAUUUUCUAGAAACUGGAAUGUCAGAGAGAUGGCCCUCAGGCGUCUUUCCCAUGAUGUUAGUGGGGCCCUGCUGUUGGCAAAUGGGGAGAGCACUGGAAAUUCCGGGGGCAGCGGUGGCAGCAGUCCGAGCGUGGGAGCCGCCAGUGGGUCUCCACAGGCCAGCGUCUCUGGGGACGUGGUGGAGGCGUGCUGCAACGUCUUGUCGGUGGUCUGCGCCGACCCUGUCUACAAAGUGUACGUUGCUGCUUUAAAAACAUUGCGAGCUAUGCUGGUGUACACUCCUUGCCACAGUCUGGCAGAAAGAAUCAAGCUCCAGAGACUCCUCCGACCAGUUGUUGACACCAUCCUCGUCAAGUGUGCUGAUGCCAACAGCCGCACAAGUCAGUUGUCCAUAUCAACACUGUUGGAAUUGUGCAAAGGCCAAGCAGGAGAGUUGGCAGUUGGUAGAGAAAUACUUAAAGCUGGAUCCAUUGGAAUUGGUGGUGUUGAUUAUGUCUUAAAUUGUAUUCUUGGAAACCAAAUUGAAUCAAACAACUGGCAAGAACUCCUGGGCCGCCUUUGUCUUGUAGAUAGACUGUUGUUGGAGUUUCCUGCUGAAUUUUAUCCUCAUAUUGUCAGUACUGACGUCUCACAAGCUGAGCCUGUUGAAAUCAGGUAUAAGAAGCUGCUGUCCCUCUUAACCUUUGCUUUGCAGUCCAUUGAUAAUUCCCACUCAAUGGUGGGUAAACUCUCCCGAAGGAUCUACUUGAGUUCUGCGAGGAUGGUGACCGCAGUGCCCCACGUGUUUUCAAAGCUGUUGGAGAUGCUGACCGUCUCCAGCUCUACUCACUUCACCAGGAUGCGCCGCCGGCUGCUGGCUAUUGCGGAUGAGGUGGAAAUUGCUGAGGCCAUCCAGCUAGACAUGGAAGACGGCCUGGGACGCCGCCAGGACAGCUUUCUGCAGGCAUCUGUCCCUAACAGCUAUCCCGAAACCACAGAGAACGGCUCCCGUGAGUGCACAGCCCAUACAGAGAAAACUGGAAAAGGAUUGUGUGCUGCAAAAUUGAGUGCCAGCUCAGAGGACAUUUCUGACAGACUGGCCAGCAUUUCACUGGGACUUCCUUGUUCAGCAACAACAGAGCAGCCAAAGCCAGUGAUUCAGACAAAAGGCAGACCCCACAGUCAGUGUUUGAACUCUUCUCCUUUAUCUCAUCAUUCGCAAUUAGGGUUCCCAGCCUUAUCAACCCCUUCCUCCUCGGCCCCAUCUGGACCAGCCGGCACUGUAACAGAUGUCUGUAAGCAUAGACCUCAGGGAUUCGUUCCCUGCAAAAUACCCUCUGCAUCUCCUCAGACACAACGCAAGUUUUCUCUACAAUUCCAGAGAAACUGUUGUGAAAACAAAGACUCAGAUAAACUCUCCCCAAUCUUUACUCAAUCGAGACCCCUGCCCUCCAGUAACAUACACAGGCCAAAGCCAUCUCGACCUACGCCAGGUAAUACAAGUAAACAGGGAGAUGCCUCAAAAAAUGGCAUGACACUUGAUCUGAGCACUACUUCCAAAUGUGACGACAGCAUUGGCAGUAGCAGCCAUGGUAGUAAUGCUGUUAUACCCAGUGAUGAGACAGUGUUCACCCCAGUCGAGGAGAAAGGCAGAUUAGAUGUCAAUACAGAGCUCAACUCCAGUAUCGAGGACCUUCUUGAAGCUUCCAUGCCUUCUAGUGACACAACAGUAACCUUCAAGUCAGAAGUUGCUGUCCUGUCUCCUGAAAAGGCUGAGAAUGAUGACACCUACAAAGAUGAUGUAAAUCAUAAUCAGAAGUGCAAAGAGAAGAUGGAAGCUGAGGAAGAAGAAGCUUUAGCCAUUGCCAUGGCAAUGUCAGCAUCGCAGGAUGCCCUCCCCAUAGUUCCUCAACUGCAGGUUGAAAACGGAGAAGAUAUCAUCAUUAUCCAACAGGAUACACCAGAAACUCUACCAGGACAUACCAAAGCAAAACAGCCUUACAGAGAAGACACCGAGUGGCUGAAGGGGCAGCAGAUAGGCCUUGGAGCGUUUUCUUCUUGUUAUCAGGCUCAAGAUGUGGGAACUGGAACUUUAAUGGCUGUUAAACAGGUGACAUAUGUCAGAAACACGUCCUCUGAGCAGGAGGAAGUGGUGGAAGCCCUGCGAGAAGAGAUCAGAAUGAUGAGCCAUCUGAAUCACCCGAACAUCAUCAGGAUGUUGGGAGCCACGUGUGAGAAGAGCAACUAUAAUCUCUUCAUUGAGUGGAUGGCAGGGGGAUCUGUGGCCCAUUUGCUGAGUAAAUACGGAGCCUUUAAGGAAUCAGUCGUUAUUAAUUAUACUGAGCAGCUGCUUCGUGGCCUGUCCUACCUCCAUGAGAACCAGAUCAUUCACAGAGAUGUCAAAGGUGCCAAUUUGCUGAUUGACAGCACAGGUCAGAGACUGAGAAUUGCAGAUUUUGGAGCUGCAGCCAGGUUGGCAUCGAAAGGCACUGGUGCAGGAGAGUUUCAGGGACAGUUACUGGGGACGAUCGCAUUCAUGGCACCUGAGGUACUAAGAGGUCAGCAGUAUGGUAGGAGCUGUGACGUCUGGAGUGUUGGCUGUGCUAUUAUAGAAAUGGCUUGCGCAAAACCACCUUGGAAUGCAGAAAAACACUCCAAUCAUCUUGCUUUAAUAUUUAAGAUCGCUAGUGCAACUACUGCUCCAUCCAUCCCGUCACAUCUGUCACCCGGGUUACGGGACGUGGCCCUGCGCUGCUUAGAACUGCAACCUCAGGACAGGCCUCCCUCAAGAGAGCUACUGAAGCACCCCGUCUUCCGUACCACGUGGUAGCCAGUGGUGCAGACACGCCGUCGCAGAGACAGGACGCUCAGCCAGAGCAAAAGACUCGUGUGAGGAACCACGCUGAUAACCUGCUGGCCUUCGUGCCCCUGAGCAGCCGUGACCGAGGCCAGCGGGAACCCUUACCUAAGUAUGUGAUUGACAAAUCAUGAUCUGUACCUAAGCUCAGUAUGCAGAAGUCCACAACUUGUGCAGAAACUGUAAACCGUGCCUUUCAAAGAACUGGCCCUAGGUGAACAGGAAAGCAGUAAAGUUUGCAUGACUAAAUAAACAAUUUUAUAUUUUGGAGCACUUUUUCAGCAAUAUUAGCAGCUGAGGGGCUCAGGAUCAAUUUGAGUGUUUCAAUUAUUCUUCCAUUUUCUAGAGUGAUCACAAGCAGGGGGCUCUGCAAUUCCGUUGUUUUUGUCACUGGCUAUGAAAAAUCAGUAUCUGCCUCUUCAAGGUCAGAGUGUGCUACAAGUAGCAGUAAAUCCAUAUAUUUUUAAAAGUUGAUAACUUCCUGAUGACCCACAGUUGACCUUUAUUUUUUUAAUUCCUGGGCAAUUGUGGCUCAUUGUGCAUUUUACUGUUGGCCCAUUCAUUUCGUUUUUGCAAAUUAUGGUUCUGUAUUUUCAUUUCACCUUCAUUUUUCUUUUACAUUCAGGGAAAGGUGAUCUUUUCAAACCAGAAAAAAUAGAACUAGGUGUGAACUUGAGUUUAUUAAAUAUCUUGCUACUGCAAGCAUUUUUAAAAAUACUGAUUUAAUUUCAUUUGUUUUUCCAAUUGAAACAAAGCGCUACCUACGUUGAGUCAGUCACUGCUCUUACUGUGCAGGUUAAAUAUAAAUUAACUGAAAAUCAACUGUUCUGUGUGAUGCAGCUUACAACCAAGAUCAAGAUUACCUUGAAAUUUAUUUGAAUUUUUUUAAACAUCUUUGGUUUCUCAUGGUAAACGGUAGGAAGCUUCACGCCAUUUUAGUCUUCCUCUGUGUUUAACAGUUCCUCAUUCACCAUCACCACCAAGAAGUCGAACUGCUAUUUUCCUUCUACCAUGCAUCUUCAACAGUAAGCCUGGUAGACAAUUAAGAAAAAUUUAACUGAAUUUUAACGUAUUCAAUUGCCAAUUGAAAAUGUCUUUGAACAGUUUUGCUUUGAACUUGGAAAAUAUGUUCAGAGAAAAAAGUGAAAUUGAAUUGUAUUUACAUACUAAUCCUUUGGAUUUUGCACAGCUGUCUAGAGGUUUUAGUCUGGGGUAGAAUUCAGAUGCAUGGAAUCUCAAAGGAAAAUGGUUGUUCUUUUACCUUUUUCUGGUGAGUCUUUUAAAUUAACCAUUAAAUACAACUUUGAGAUGUUUUAACUCUUCAGAAGCCAGUGUGAAAUGGAAUUGGUUAUUCUCAAAGACUCAGGAUAAACUAAAUAAGCUAUAUAGAGUACAUUUAAGAUGUACAACACAAAUUGGAAGUAAAAUAAGUUACAAGAUAAGUUUACAGGGAUAUAUUGCAUAUAAUCUUCAAAAGGCAGUUUUUUUAUGUGAAUGUGUUUUAGUAAAAUUUUACAUUCCUUUGUUUUGGAAGAUUGGCAAUAUUUGAAGAGUUAAAAAAUAGUACAGAAAUGUGAAGUUUGGUAGCUGUAUAUGUGUUGUACUUGACUUUUUUUUUGGACUACUUAGAAUUUUCACAGUUCUAGUAAUAUUGUUUCCGAUUCUUUCAUGUGCAAGCUUUAAAGGAUGCACUCUUGCCAUUGUAUGUCCUGGAAGGUUACUGGUCAGACAGGCCCUGCGUCUGGCAGAGGUGUCACCUGUAGAAACUGAGGAACCUCAGCUCAUCAGUAUUACCUUGUAGAUCACCGUGCCCACCACAUUCCCAACUCAGACUGGCUCUCGCUGUCCAAACCAACUGGGUUUGAGUUCCUUCCCAGUUCCCUCAGCUUGCUGGUAAUUGUGCUGGUUGUUUUUGUUUUGUUUUCAAUGCAAAUGUGAUGUAAUAUUCUUAUUUUCUUUGGAUCAAAGCUGGACUGAAAAUUGUAUUGUGUAAUUAUUUUUGUGUUCUUAAUGUUACUUGGUACUCAAGUUGUAAAUAGCGUCUACUGCUGUUAAUUCCAGGUCUACUACCUCAGGUGUCCUAUAGAUGUUUCUUCUACCAAAGUUCACUUCCACAAUGAAAUGACAUUUGCUGUGUGACUACGAUUCCUAAGACUUCCAGGGCUGAAGGGCUGACUUCUAGUAGCACCUUACUGUGCAAGCAAAUGUUACAAAAAAAAAAGAAAAAGAAAAAAAAAAUCUCUGGGUUAAGAAAAUUUGGCUUAAAUGUAUCCUUUGUUAUUUUAAAUAUAUCAAGAUAUUUUAAUUAAAAUUUUUACCCCAUUGAACCAAUUUUAUAGUAUUUGUACCUAUUUUGGUGUUUUGUCUUUAUAGUAAAUAAAAGUUUUUGAACAAAA